AUGCCCGAAACCCAACACGACCCGAAACUACACCGAGAAAUACUCCAAAGGAUAAAUCUUUGCGAAAAUGCCGAAGAGUUCUCUCCCGCCUUCUCUGUGCUAGUUUCAAUUAAUGGCACCCCCAUUAGCCGUCCUACUGUUUCCGAGGCCCGCUACCUUUCAGACAUCGAGAAUGGCUCACUUCACAUGAGUGCUAGUUUCCGCCCGGCCACUCACGAUUAUAGCACUUUCCACAUUUCGUGCUACGCCUAUGGUUUCGGCAUUGAUGAAACCCGCCUCGGCAGUUUGACUGUCUUCGCGCGCGAAUUUUCUUCAGUGUCGUGUGAAAAGCACCCCGAGCCGGACAAGUCUCUUGAGGAGUACUGUUCUGGUGCCAAACCCGCAUCUGAUCCUGUCGUGGUUACCCUCAAGGCAAAGACUGCUCAGUUUCGUCUACCGCGAGGCAUCCUGAACAAGUUGACCACCCUGAGUGCCACACGCGCUUCCAAGCAACUCCGAACUAUUCGUGACGAGCUUAGCAAGAACACCGUUGAGAUCAAGUUGCUUGUGCCUGGGUACAAACACAUGUUUGCCGAGAAGUUUACCGACAUCAUCGAAAAGUUCCAGAAGUUAGAUGCCGAAGAUGACCCCCUCAGAACCUACUUCGAGCAUGCUCCCGAGGCGAAGACAUUUUGUGUAGGCCAUACUCCUAAGCCUGGCAGCGAAGAAUUUCCACGUCCGCAGGACAUUCAGCUCGUGCACUUUGCCAACGCUGAACAGCACCUAAUCCACAACAUUUGCAGUGUUAUUUGGGAGCAGUUCAUCCUGGACAACGCCGCUGACCGGAUGCUCAAAAACACGUUCGAGGCAAUUAUCGUCCCUCUCCCCGAAAAGGACACGGACGCGCUCAUUGUCAAGGCUGGUGGUCAAAUGGAUUUGUUUCCUCAAGUUGGCGAGACUUGCACUGUCAAUAUUCCCAAGGCUGUUUUCAAAUUUCGGCCAGCGCCCGUGGGUCAUACUGCGGCUUUCGAAAGUUUUUCCCAACCUCUCUUGUCGUCAUUCUCACAGAAGGUACCACUUGAGUAUCUCAAUAAGAAUUGCUCGCAAUAUGAUGAGGACGACGAAGGGUAUGCUGUCGAGGAUUCACAAAAGUCAUUCAGAGGUAGCGUUGCCGACGCAAUCCCCUUGGAACUUCCACGUGAGUAUCAAGUGAUCUGCAUCAAACGUCCCAGACGCUUCAAUGUCACUCUCCCUUACGCCAAAUUGAAAGAAUCCGAGUCGUUACCACAAUACUUAUCUCGUAUUGGAUGGGCUGAUUGGGAGAAGAUCACACUUCAGACAGACGUGUCAGACAAGAUCCUCAGAGCGCAGUCUCUUGCAAUGAACUCUCUGAAGUACCCUACUUCCGCCCAGCCCUUUAUACCUUCUGAUCAAAGCCAAGAAGCAUAUAACUACCUGCUUAAUUUUGAUCGAAGUAACGCAAAGGUAGUCAAUCUCUUGCAAGAACUUCCUGGCGUUGACAAUGUUGUCACCAACAAGGCUGGACCCCCCUCCAUCCAAGCUGUCUUUGACAAGUUGCCCUUACAGAUGAAGAGAUGUCUCACUGACAUGAGCGAGUCAUUUGCCAGACUGCACUUUAUUUCAGGUGUCGCUGGAUCCGGCAAGUCGUACCUCAUGGAGACCCUCAUGCUUUUUACAAUGUUCGGCGACGGCGACGAAAACCGACCCAAGCGCAAGAUUCUGUACAUCUUGAACAACAACGUUCAGGUCGAAAUGUUCUGUCAACGUUUGACUAGAACUUUUGAAGACUGGGGAUUCUCUGCUGAUGGUGCAAUGCCCAUGCCAAACAUCAUGCGCCUGUACCCUUUUGCCAGCGAGUUGCGAUCUGCCGAAAGCUCGUUUAACCCCAAGGAAGAAGAGAUCGAGGCCGAAGAUAUGGCAAAAGAACUUCGCAUGAUAGAGUCCCUCCAAGCUACGUGUGCCAACAUCCUUGCAUGUGACUCAGCAGCCAAGCUGGCAAGGAAUGCAAAUCGCGACAAGUCUUUGCAUCAGUUCGGUAUUCGUCACAUGGAGCAGGAUCUAGAACGCUAUCGAUACAUGAACGAAUCUAUCAAUCGCAUCAGGAAGGGAAAGUUGCUUAACGAAGAAGAGCGUACCUUUUUCAGACAGGAGUUGAAAACUUUGUACCGCGAUGCAAUCACCGACUUCUCUGGUAUUGUGGUCACAACCGCUGUUGGAGCUACCCCUGUCCCAGUACGAGAACAACUCAACCCUGACCUUGUUAUCAUCGAUGAGGCAGCAAACAUGGACGAGCCGACACUUCUGAUACCUAUCUGCCAUUACUCGCCCAAGGCAUUUGUCAUCACUGGCGACAUCGCGCAGAAACCUCCCCACCUGACUAUGGAACACGAUCUCGGACCUGGGAAGAUCUCAUCCCAUCCGUUUGUGAUUCAGAAGCAAGUGUCGACUAUGCUGCGCGUUGUUGAGGGUGGCGCGAAGCACUCAAAAUUGAACGCGAACAUGCGUGCCCAUGGCAACGUUGCAGUUCCCGUCAAUCAUCUGUUCUACAACGACAUCAUGCAAACAACCCACGGAUGGACGGACAUGAGUUCAUUGGAAGCUAUCAUCGCCUGGUACACCGAGAAGGUCAACAAGCAACACCCCCAUGACCAGUUAUUUGCUCAGGUGGAGUUUACCCACGCUAGAGUAACUCAGCGAUCGUCUUCAAAGGUCAAUGUUACACAUGCAAAAUGGAUCAUUCAGCAAGCCUUGUCGCUCGUCCAGUCGGGCCUUACAGGCGUUGGCAAGAAUUCCGGAAAGCCACUGACCGUUCUAGUCGUUGCAGCAUACAAGCAACAAGUAUGUGAGCUCAGGCAAAUGCUCUUGGACAAGACACGCGAACUCAACCUGAAUGCCGUUGAUGUCAAUCGAAUUCAACUGAGAACAAUUGACAAUGCACAAGGCGAUGAAGCUGACUUUGUCUUCUACGAUAUGGUCACAACAUCUACACCGGCGUUUGUUGCAGAAGACUUCCGCUGCACACUUGGCUUAAGUCGGUCCACAGCUUUCCUUGUCGUUCUUGCGAACCGCGGGAACUUUAUCGGACAUGAGAAGAACGAAAUCACGCGAGGUCGUGCUCAAGACCUCGCCAGGGUCUACAUGUUCUUUGCCCAACACGGUGUCAAUAAGCGCUUCAAAUCGUGCAAGAAGUGUGAGACUCAUGAUCACACCGCCGAUGAUUGCACCGCCGAUGACAUCAACAUGUCUGACAAGGUAUGCGAGCGAACGUCUUGUGGCGACAAGGGUCACACUGCUGCAUUUUGUCCGAAACGUUUUUGUGGCAAUUGUGCAGAGAUCAACCACACCUCUGGCGAGUGCCCUCUCGAACAUUUCUUAUGUUCUGCAUGUGGACGAAAGGGCCACCAUUUCUUCAACUGCACCACAUCCGCCGACACCCAGUGGUGCACCAAAUGCAAAACGCGUGGACACACACAUUUCCGGUGCCCUGAGACUCGUGAACACAGUCAGCCAGACGAAUUCCGGUUCAAGUGCCACAACUGUGAUAAGCAAGGCCACAAGGCAGCUGAUUGCACUGAACCUCCAAAGACUGAAAAUCGCAAGUGCUUCAAUUGCGGCGAAUACGGUCACAUGAAGUCUAAUUGCCCAGAGCGUCAGUGUCAUUUUUGUGGAGAUAAAGAUCAUCUCAAAAAAGAUUGUCCUCAUGAACGAUGCAAUCGCUGCUUCCAACUCGGCCACCUUGCUCCGACUUGCAAAAACCCGCCCACCCAAUGUACAAAGUGCGGCGGUCCUCACUUGGAGCAAUGCUGCCGAGGAAAGGCGUCCUCCAAGAAACGCAGUGAGCGCAAAGAGCGCAAGGAUGAGAAAAAUAUCAUGUCCGAAUCUGCCUUUCGCGAGAUGAAACUCCGAUACCUCAAACGCAGUUCUACUUCUAGUGCUGUUCAAAGAUUGAAUGCGCUAUUUCAUGGAGAUGAUGGCCAAGAGGAUUGGGGUGCUGCACCAAGCGGUGAUCAGAACAAUGGCCAAGACGUCUGGGGUACUGGAAAGAAGGGUGAUCAGAAGGAUGACCAAGGCUGUGGGGAUGGUUCUGCACAAAGCGGUGACCAAGCCGUCUAUUGGGCAAUUGUCGACGAUGACGCUUGGUAA